AGUAGUGAAUUUUUCGUGGUUAACAAAAAAUUCCAAAGCACGCAUUUUGCGGCAAUUUUCGCAAAUUAACUUGAUUUUAAAUGCAUUUACAAGCACAAUAUUGCAUAAAAAAGAAACAUAUAAGAAAACGAGUCGAAUUGAAAUCUUGAAUACAACAAAGCGCUACAAAAUGUCUCGCGUAGUACGUCGCAAACAUGUGCUUAAGGAAAUGAUGGAAGAUGAUUUCGACUUGCCCACCGAGCAACAACAGAUUGUACGUGUGGUCAGCAGUCGUGGCAAUAAUCUGCACGAAGUAGAAACAUCGGAGGCAAAUGCUGAAAAUUUCCUGGCAUCUAUGCCCAAUAAGUUUCGUAAAAAUGUUUGGGUUAAACGUGGUGAUUAUGUGCUCGUGGAACCCAUCGAAGAGGGUGACAAAGUGAAGGCAGAGAUUUGUAAAAUCCUUACACCAGAACACAUCAAGGAAUACACCAAAGCGGGUGUGUGGCCAAAGGCGUUUGGUAAGAAACGUGAACACGAGCAAGUGGAAGCGAAUAGCGACGAAGAAGAGUCGGACGGUGAUGACUUGUUGAUGAAAAAUCCGAAUAGGCCAGCACAAACGCAGGAAGAGAGUGAUAGUGAUAGCGAUGCAGAUGAUGAUGAUGGUGAGGAAAACUCAAGUGAUGAGGAUUAAUUUCGGCGACAUUUAGCAUGCUGCAGUAAUUUCCAUACUGCUGCUACCAACAUAUGUGUGCUAUUUUGUGCUAACAACUAAUUUGCGUUAUUUUGCAACUACGUAUGCAUAUUAAAAAUAAUUUAGUGUUAAAAUUUAUCAUAAAUACGUUAAUUAUAUGGUUAUUUUUUAAUGUAAUAAAUAGUAUCGAAACAAAAUUGUUCUUGCA